GAAACCACCUUCACGUGAAUCACGACACUAGACAUUCCCUAUCUCUCUGUCUGUAAGAUGAUGGAAGAAGGAGGAGGAGCAGCGAUGGCGCGCAUGGAGGGCAGGGCGUCCAUCGACGGCGAGCCCAAGACGCUCAGCUUCCAUCAGAUAAAGCUUGCCAGGGAGGCGGCUCUGGACGUGGUGAAUACGUGCACCGUCGAAGAGGCCUUGAGGAUCUUCACUGAGACUUGCUGCAUGAUACAGGGCUUGGAACCAAUAAUUUGUUGUGGCAACGGACUUGAUCGAGAGGAAGAGCCUAAUGAAGACGAAAAUGAUGAACUGCGACUGCCGCAGUCUCUGAGGGAUGUCAUUUCCGCACCGUUCUAGCUCGCUCUUGCCAGCGGACGCUUUGUACAUAUGCUACUGGACUUGUCUUCUUCGAUACCUUGACCAAUAAAUUUAUUCCAUUAUGUGAUUAACUUAGGUGUCGAAAUGAAAAAUAAGAAUUAUCAUCAAUCUAGGUACCGUUUUCUUCCUCUUGCCAUAUCCCUUUUUGUUUCAAGUUUAUACAUACUGUAGUCUCCAGCUUUUGUUGCUGCCUUUGAUUCGGAUUCACAAGGAGUACACUUUUAUUAUACCUCAAGGCUGUUAAAAAUCGAGGGCAUCCAAUAAUUUCCACAUGUUAAUGCAGGUUUCAAAUGA